AUGGCGCUCACGUCGCGCAUCUCCCUCAAGGGCAGCGAGCCUUCGGGCCCGGAGGACUACCUGUCCACGUCGCUGGGCGUCAUCUUCCCCGAUGAUGUGACCAACCAGCACGGCGACGCGGAGCACAGCCUGGUGUACGCGUCGCCGCACCUGCCGCAGCCACUGCUCCUGGACCUGGCCGACCCGGAGGGCGAGACGGACCGCCGGCUGUUCAGUCAUUACCUGUGGAACGCGAGCCUGUUGCUGGCCGAGCUGGUGGAGAGGGACACGCUGGGAGUGCCGGACGCGGACCAAGGUGACGGGGGCGAUGAGGCGGGUGUGGGACUCGGCGAGGGCGUGAGCUUCGACGUCCGCGGCAAGGCUAUCGUGGAGCUGGGUGCCGGCACGGCGCUGCCGAGCAUGAUGGCGGGCCUGCUGGGCGCGGAGCGCGUCGUCGUCACCGACUACCCGGCGCCGACGGUCAUCCAGACGCUGCGCGAGAACAUUGCGCGCAACAUCCAGCCGUCGCUGGCGCCGACGGGUGGCGAGCAGGCCGUGACGCCACCGGCGAAGGUGCUGGUCACGGGCCACUCGUGGGGAGAACUGCCCGCCGACGACGCGUUCCUCGCGGCGAACCGGCACGCCUUCGACCGGGUCUUUGUCGCCGACUGUCUGUGGAUGCCGUGGCAGCACGAGAACCUCCACCGAUCCAUCGACCACUUUCUGCGACGGCGGCCCGGCGGGGGCAACAACGACAACGACGACGAUGAUGGGUCCUCGGCGGCGGCGGCGGCGGCGGCGGCGGCACGGUGCUGGGUCGUCGCUGGGUUCCACACGGGGCGCGAGAAGAUGCGCGGCUUCUUCGAGGACGCGGCGCUGGCGCGGGCGGGGCUCGAGGUCGAACGCAUCUGGGAGAGGGACUGCGACGGGCGGGAGCGGGAGUGGUCGUGGGACCGCGAGGACGACGUCACGGUGCGCAAGAGGUGGCUUGUUAUCGCGGUGCUGAAGCGCAAGGACACGACCUGA